AUGAGGUUGAGGAGCUCGAAGUGGCGGAUGAGGCGGAGGGCGGCGUGGAGGUCGGAGGUGUCGCUGCUGCCAGUCGGAGGUGUCGCAGCCGCCGUGGAAGUGGCAGCAGAGGAGGUGGUGCUCGGCGCUGGAGAGGUGGAGAUCGGCGUUGGCCUCGGAGCAUUGUGGGGAGUAGUAGAGGACGGAGGAGGAGAAGGAGAGGUGGAGAUCGGCGUUGGCCUCGGAGCAUUGUGGGGAGUAGUAGAGGACGGAGGAGGAGAAGGAGAGAAGGAGAUCGGCGUUGGCCUCGGAGCAUUGUGGGGAGUAGUAGAGGACGGAGGAGGAGAAGGAGAGAAGGAGAUCGGCGUUGGCCUCGGAGCAUUGUGGGGAGUAGUAGAGGACGGAGGAGGAGAAGGAGAGAAGGAGAUCGGCGUUGGCCUCGGAGCAUUGUGGGGAGUAGUAGAGGACGGAGGAGGAGAAGGAGAGAAGGAGAUCGGCGUUGGCCUCGGAGCAUUGUGGGGAGUAGUAGAGGACGGAGGAGGAGAAGGAGAGAAGGAGAUUUUUUGCAGUGUUCGUUGA